AUGUCGCAGUACCCGCGGUUACUCUGCCUGCACGGCGGCGGCGCAUCAUCUCGUAUCAUGCGUGCCCAAUUUGCCAAGUUAGAAUGCGCCUUGAGCAACCGUUUCCAGCUUGUCUACCUCGAAGCUCCUCUAGACAGCGCCCCCGGCCCAGGCAUCCUUCCCUACUUUGAGAACUGUGGACCAUACUCUUGUUGGGUCAGCGAUGACAAGACGCUAUCUCCAGAGGACAAGAGACUCGAGGAAGACAAUGCCACUGCCUAUAUCAAGAGCUUCAUGAUGCAAUAUGGGCCUUUCGCCGGUAUCCUUGGAUUUUCACAAGGUGCACGUGCGACUGCCAGCAUUCUGCUUGAGCAACAACAACACCCUUUUACACAUGAUAACCUAUUUGGUGUCUUCUUCUGUGGCACCUUUCCCCCUUUCGUCUCUGAGACUCUAGAGAUUAAGAUCCCUACUGUACAUAUCCAGGGCCUUUCAGAUCCAUAUCUCGCGGAGAGCGAGAUGUUGUUGAGUCAUUGCACAAAACAGAGUGUUAGGAGAGUGAUAAAGUUCGAUGGUGGCCAUCAUAUGCCCACCAGCCUUGGUGUGACACAGCAGAUUGCAGAUGUCAUUUCAAUGGUAUACAGAGGGACCAACAGGAAAAAGGUGUCGAAUCUUUGGAAACUGAAGCGACAAAUUUCGAAUGCGACCGCGAUUGAGAUUUAA